AGCGGCCGCGCGGGAGGCGCAUGUCGCGGUUGGCGCGCGUGGCGUGAGGAGAAGCGGCUGCCCGCCCCCUCCGCCUUCCCGUCUCUCCUCCCCGCCUCUCACCGCGACCGCGGAGCAGCAGCACCAUGUGGGCGCCGCCGGCCAAAGCCCGUAAAAAUAUCAACUACGACGACUACGAGGCCGAUACGUCAGAUAAAGAACAUCAAGAAGCAGUUCAGCGUAUCAACGCAGCACAGAAUGAAAUCGACAUACUUAAUGAAGAAGCCGGUGAAGAGAUUCUGAAAAUCGAACAGAAAUAUAACAAACUCCGCCAGCCAUUUUUUCAGAGGAGGUCGGAAGCAAUCGCCAGCAUCCCACAUUUCUGGGCAACAACAUUUGUCAACCAUCCACAAGUGUCUGCACUGCUUGAGAAGGAGGAUGAAGAGGUGCUGCGUUAUUUGGCAAGAGUCGAAGUGAUGGAAUUUGAAGAUAUCAAGUCAGGGUACAGAAUAGAUCUCUAUUUUGACGAAAACCCUUACUUCGAAAAUAAAGUUCUCUCCAGAGAAUUUCGUCUGAAUGAGAAUGGUGAGCCAUCUUCAGAGUUCACUGAAAUCAAAUGGAAACCUGGAAAGGAUCUGACAAAACGGCCAAGUCGAACGCUGGCUAAAGCCAGCAGGAAGAGAAAGUAUGACGAACCAGAGAGCUUUUUCACCUGGUUCACUGACCAUCCUGACGCGAAUGCAGAUGAGUUAGGAGAGCUCAUCAAAGAAGAUAUUUGGCCAAAUCCUCUACAGUACUACCUGCUUACUGAUUCGGAUGAUGAUUCGGAUGAAGAUUCGGAUGAUGAUUCGGAUGAUGAUGAUGAUGAUGAUGAUGAAGAAGAAGAAGAGGAGGAGGAAGAAGAUGAUGAUGAUGAUGAUGAUGAUGAAGACAACGAAGAGGAGGAGGACGAAGGCGAAGAAGAUGAAGCUGAUGAUGACGAGGAAGAAGUAGAGGAGAAGGAAGAGAGAGAGACGCAGCGUGAGAGUCGGAGGGGCAAGAGAGCGAAGGAGACCCAGAAUUCCGAGCAGGUUUCAGGCUCCCGGCCCUCAGCGCAGAGCCGGGCGCGGGGCUCCAAGAACCGUGAGAUCAUUACCUGAGCCCAAGUUGGACGCUUAAGGACUGAGCCCCCCAGGCGCCCCUCAUUUGCCCUGUUGUUUGAAGUCUCUUCUCUCUCCCUUUGUACUGUGGUUCUCUACUUAUUGGGGCGGGGGGACACCUUGAGCAGAAUACACGAAAUCUCUACCCCUUUCUAUUCCAAGUUCAUUUUUAUCCCUUUUAAGGUUCUGUCUCAACAAAAACUUCAUGGAAUCUACACUGCUGUAUUCUGUGGGGAAAAAAACCAGAAACCUUCUGCUCCCUUAGCUCUGCUGGAAGCUGGAGGGUGUUAGGCCCCUGUGUAGUAGUGCAUAUUAAUUCUAGCUUUUUUCCUCCUUUCUCUGUAUAUUGGGUGCAGAGAUUACACUGUGUCUCUGUGUGAAUGUGGACAGUUAGCAUUUACCACCAUGUAUCUGUCUACUUUCUCCUGCUUAAAGAAAAGAAGAAAAAAACUUUAAAAGAUGGGAUUAUAGAAGGCCAGCAAAGGGUGGUUUUGAGAUGUUUGGGUGGAUUGAGUGGGCAUUCUGACAACAUGGCUUCUCCUUUGGCAUGUUUAAUUGUGGUGUUUAACAGACAUCCUUGCAGUUGAAGAUGACACUUUUAAAAUAAGAUUCUCUCCUAAUAACCUGAGCCAUGCUACCCGGUGGGAGAAUCAGCAGAACCUGUAGGAACUUAUUUGGAAUUGACAUUCUCUUGUAAUUUUGUUCUUGUUUAUUUUUCAAUUUUCUUUUUGUUUUGCUGGAAAGAAAAGAUGAUGCUCAAUUUUAAAGGUUAAAAGCUUUGUUACAAUAAAACUAAAUUUGUACAAAAAA